CAGUGGCAUGUUUUCAUUAUCCACUUGGUUCUUCCAGUAUUCAUCAUGCCAUGCACUCUCCGUAAGCGGUGGCAAGCUAAGUGCCUACAUGGACCUCACGUGACUUGGCGUACCCUAGUGGCGCUGUUGCCUUCUCCCAAGACGCGUCCACCGCGCUUUCCAUCAACACCAUCCCCUCAAAUCUCAAGCCAUCCUUGAUUACCAAUCCCUCCCUCCCAAAACUUCAGGACAUUUAGCAUCGUCCCUCUGCACUCUCCCAGGACGCGGAACUCUACCCGUACAGCAGCCACCAUGGCCGAGGAGUAUGAUGAAGCCCAAAUGGAAGAGGAUGGUGGCCAAACCGGCCCCGGCGCUCCCACACCACUUGGUGCUCUUGAAGGCAUCGCUGGCUUAACGAAGCGUGAUAUCCAGCUCAUCGUGGAUGGAGGAUACAACACAGUGGAAUCGGUGGCAUAUACCCCGCGGCGAAUGCUGGAACAGAUCAAGGGCAUAUCGGAACAGAAGGCAGGCAAGAUCCUGGCCGAGGCAUCCAAGCUCGUCCCGAUGGGAUUCACCACAGCCACGGAAAUGCAUCAACGCCGAAGCGAACUGAUCUCCAUCACGACCGGAUCGAAGAAUCUAGACACCCUUCUCGCCGGAGGCAUUGAGACCGGCUCGGUUACUGAGCUUUUUGGCGAGUUCAGGACGGGAAAGAGUCAGAUUUGUCAUACCCUCGCUGUUACAUGUCAGCUGCCUUUCGAUAUGGGUGGUGGUGAGGGUAAGUGCAUGUAUAUCGACACCGAGGGCACAUUCCGCCCAGUGAGAUUGCUUGGUGUCGCCAACCGGUUCGGCCUAUCCGGUGAGGAGGUUCUCGACAAUGUCGCCUAUGCACGUGCCUACAACUCAGACCAUCAACUUCAACUUCUCAACCAGGCUGCCGCCAUGAUGUGCGAGACGAGAUUCUCUCUCCUUAUCGUGGACAGCGCCACGGCGCUUUACCGUACAGACUUCUGCGGCCGUGGUGAGCUUUCGAACCGACAGACUCAUCUUGCCAAAUUUAUGAGGACACUUCAACGCCUUGCAGACGAGUUUGGCAUCGCUGUCGUCAUCACCAACCAAGUUGUGGCCCAGGUGGAUGGUGGUCCCAGUGCCAUGUUCAAUCCAGAUCCCAAAAAGCCUAUCGGUGGCAACAUUAUCGCCCACGCCAGCACCACCAGAAUCAGCUUGAAAAAGGGUCGCGCUGAGACGAGAAUUGCCAAGAUUUAUGAUAGCCCAUGCCUUCCAGAGAGCGAUACUUUGUUUGCCAUCGGUGAGAACGGCAUCGGUGACCCUGCCCCUAAGGAUAUGGAGAAGGACUAAGGAAUGUUUUGGGAAGUUUGUACGAGGCGACGGCGUAUAUGAUGAUGUUAAUUUGCAUGAUUGCAGGCGUUUGUGUACAGAUGGGUGCUUUGCCUAUCUUUCAACCAUGAUGCAGAAUUGCUGGGCUUGUUGGAGUGAAUAUGCCCGUUUGGCGAGCGUAUUUUCGUAGCUGAGGAUGCAGUUAGGCAGUAGAGCAUAACUUGCUGUGAUCCUUCGGUUUAAAUUUAUUCAAUCCCAAGUAAAAAGUCUUUCAAA